GUACUUCCCUCCUCGCCUGCUGCCUACUGCCUCUUCGUCGUACUACCUCAUGCUGCACGACGACAACAACAGCAUCAAGGUCGCCAUCACAAGCGCCAGCGUCUGCGGCUGCUACAACGAAUUCACCUUUUCCGAGCCCUUCACAACGUACUCGGUGCACAUUACGUGGGGUAGCACAAAGUGGAUGCUCCAAAAGCGCUACUCGGAGUUCCACCGCCUCUACAAGCCGCUACGCAAGGCGCUCGCGCCGUCGCUCUGGGCAACGUCGGCCAAGCACAAGAAGACGGCGCCGAUCGUGCAAACCUUCUUGGCGACGCCGUUUCCAAAGAAGCAUUUGCGCAUUGACACGGACGCCAUCCGCGCCGAGCGCCGCGUCGGCCUUGCACGCUUCACCGAGGUCCUCGUCGCCCUCCGCUGGCACUUGCGCGCCCAAGAUGCGACAACCGCGAUCUUUGAGCUUGUCAAUGCGUUCCUUGAAGUGCCCAAGCACCGUCAGACGCACGAAGCCCGCUGUUUGUCGCCACUGCCCCGCAUGUCCCGCGCCGGCACCGAGCUCGCAGUCGAAGACGAUAGCGGUGACAGUGACGACGACGAAGGAUGCGCGAUUUGCCUCUGCGAAUUCGCGUCCGAGGACGAGAACGACGAGGCAGCGACCAGCGUCACCUUGCCGUGCAAGCACGCGUUCCACGAACACUGCGUGUUUUCAUGGCUUGAGCUGCACCAGUCGUGCCCCAUCUGCCGCCAGCUCGUCGUGUACCAAGCCCGUGCCUAGUCGUGUUCCGUGGUGUCGUUCUCGCCUUUUCUUGUACAAUUAUCUUGUUGAAUAAUGUCAAUGCACAGUGUAGCGUUCCUC